GACAAGUGAGCAUUUACAGCACAUUUCCACUUAGUAAGAAUGAAACUUUUCUAUCUAUCUGUUGUAUUUGUUGUCGUCUUUGGAAGCAGAGGCAACACUCCAAUUAGUUAUAACGAUAUAAACGAGCAGCAUGGUGAUUCUCCUUCCUAUGCACACGGUGGAUAUAAUUCUGGUUACUCUCUGAAUGGUGGAAACAAUUUCUUCCCGUAUGAUGCACAUGUAAACGUCCACAAUAGUGGAAACGGUCACUCCCCGUAUGGUGGACAAGGUAAAUUUCCAUAUCGUAGACAAAGUCGCUUUGGUCAUAAAUUUGGACAUUUAGAAUGCCUCAGGAAAUGUAAAGCAUGGAGAGUAAAUUAUUGGCAGAGGUUUUGCAAUAAACAUACCAUAAGGCUUUACUGCGAUGACAACUAUUUUCUGAAAAUUCAAAAUGCACAAUAUGGAAACAUACCAUGUCAUCCGAGUAAUGUAAGAUACAACGGACUCCCAUCGUGUCAAGCCGAUCGUGGUCAGGUUCUGAAAAAUACGAGAGAAAAGUGUGACUAUAGGAAACAAUGUACAGCCAAGGUGGAUAAUAAGCUGUUCGCUAAAGGAUACAUCUACCAUCACAAAUGUUCCUAUCAUGUUAAGUCAAUAACAUUCUAUGCAGAAUAUGAGUGCAGGCCUUCGAUAACUUUGUGCCAAGCUUUUUGUAAGUGUCGACAUGCAUCUUCAAGAUCACGUUCCGGAUACGGAAAAAACAGUGCUGCAUAUUGUAAAAAGAAAUACAAGAAUUACCUACAUUAUUAAAACGCCAAGAGUAACUUUGAUCUAUAGUAUAAAAUAAAACUGUCAAAUUG